AUGCCUCUCGACACCUCGACAUACUCAUUAGCGCUUCUGCGCGUCGACGGACGAAGAUGGAACGAACUUCGUCGUCUUCACGCUCAGAUUAGGACUCAAGAUGCCGCCGACGGUUCAUCAUAUCUCGAAAUGGGCCAUACAAAAGUCAUGUGUGUCGUGACAGGUCCUUCGGAGCAACAGCAACGACGUGGCGGACAGCAGGCGGGCCGUGAUAUGGCGGCGAUCAAUGUCAAUGUUGUGGUCGCAGGGUUCUCAAGCGUGGAUCGCAAGAAGCGAGGGCGCAAUGACAAACGGAUCCAGGAGAUCGAAACUACGAUUGCCAAUGCUCUCUCUUCGAACUUACAUACGCAUUUGUUCCCCAACUCCUCCAUCUCAAUCUCACUUCACGUUCUUUCACAAGACGGAUCGCUACUCGCUGCUCUGAUCAACGCUACGACACUUGCGCUUAUCGAUGCCGGUAUUCCCAUGUCGGACUACAUUGCCGCGUGCACGGCGGGCUCUACCUCUACAUACGCCGCUGGCGACGACAACGCCGAUCCCCUACUCGACUUGAACAACCAGGAGGAGCAGGAACUUCCAUUCCUUACCGUCGCGACGCACGGCGACACCGAUCGAGUAGCAGUUCUGGUGUGUGAGAGUCGUGUGCAAGUCAGCAGAUUGGAGGGCAUGUUGGUAGUAGGCGUGGACGGAUGUAAGCAGGUCAAGCAGUUCUUGGAUCAAGUGGUCAAAGACAAGGGCGCGGAGAUGGUCAGGGAGGGCGCUGUGGAAAGGAGUGACGCGGUGAUGGAUUUGGAUGGGUAG